UAUAAAAAAAGUAGCCGGCAGCCGCAUCGACUGGUAGGGUUCCUCCUCUUUUAUUAGUUGGACAGAAGCCGCCGGAGCCAACGACCGCGCAACUGCGGGAGGUAGAUGGGCGGGAAUGCUUGAUCAUGGUUGUUAUGUAUGUAGCAAGGAUGCCUCUGGAAAUUUUUGGUGUGCUGCUUCUCUUUGUUGUUCUGAACCCUGCGUCAGCCGGUCAAUCAGGCGGAUCAUGUAAUUCUCUUGGAGGCCGUUUUCUUCAAUUUUCAACUGAGGGGAAACCCCCAAGAAAAGUUACCAAGGGACCUAGAGAUUUAGCUGCUUGCCGGGUUUUUCGUCAGAAAACUUGUUGCGAUGCUUCUCAGGCCUAUCGUGUCUUGGAAUUUGUACGAAGGUUGGCUUUAUUUGGAGAAGCUAGCCAAGAAUGUUUACAUAUAUGGGAAAUGUUGGAGUGCUCAGUGUGUGAUCCUCGUAUCGGCGUGCUUCCUGGGCCACCAGUGAUAUGCGCCUCCUUUUGUGAUAUGGUCCUAAAGGAUUGCUUAAGUGCAUAUUUCUCUUUUGAUUCAAGAAUUAAGGUAUUAUCUCCUUGUGGAUUAGGGGACAUUAUCUGUGGUAGAGCAAGAGAAUGGGCGUCUAACGGCACAGAACUGUGCCACCUUGCAGGUUUUGCUGUGAAGCAAGAUAAAUUUAGCAACAAUGAUGUUGAUGUGCAAUAUUGUUAUGGAGGAAAAGCAAGCAUAGAAUCAAUUUCUAGUUCUUGGAAGGUUUCUCAAUCUGGUUUAAGUUCUGGGGAUCAGUCUUAUGGAGUCCUUCAAGAUUUUCAGCAGUGGUUUAGUAAACUUCCACCGAAUGAGAAGGUCAAGUGGGCUAUUGGAGGGAUGGUGCUCACUUCUGGGCUCCUUUAUAUGAGUGGCAAAGAUGAAAAGGUGAGAUCGCAGAGGGUUCACAUAUAUGUUUCUUUGUUAAAACAAAUGGCACCAGAACAUAUUUUAGCUACUUCAGCUAAGUUUGUGUGCAGAAAUAUUGGCAGCUGCUUCAGCGGGUUGCUCAACAUUGAUGAUGUUACCGGACAAUCUGUUGUGCGGGCAUGCAUCAACUCUUAUUCAUAUCACAAUCUUAUCCAAAGACCGUCUCCACAUUUUUUGGCCUGCAGAAGCCAUGGAGAAUGCCCAGCAGAACCAGCCCGUUUUGUCGCCUGCCGAGAGGGCCGUGUCUGCUAGCAGCAUCUUCGCAUAGCUGUCGGAGAAGUUGGGGAGCGGCGGGAAGAUUGGUUCGGCCGUGGCUGAUGCGGUGGCGAGUGUGACGGCGAAGUCAGUGCUGAGGGAAGCUAAGCAAAGCACGAGCAUGAAGGGUAUGGGGCUGCCAUCGAACAGCAUGCGGAGGGUUAGGUUUAGCGGCGAGGGUCGAGGCAUCUCCAUGCUCAUGUGCUCGAGUCUCUUCGGCGAAGAGGACGUGAGG